AUGAAAGUAAAAGUCCCAAAAAAGGAUUACGAUUGCUUAGUCGUGCAAGUUGCAAUGACCGAACUUCGACAAAGACGUGUCGAAUCAGACAACAUGGCUGAGAAACCGUUAUCAGAUGUAGACUAUGAUGAUUCAAAAAAGUAUGGAAAGGAUUCUAUACCUGUUCAACGUUGUGCCGAAGGACACAAAAUAGCGGUUACUACUCUUACCAUUAUUUCAGUGUUCGUCACUUUUUAUAAAAUCUGGAGCCCCGCUGAAGUAGUAUUUGAUGAAGUUCACUUUGGCAAAUUUGCAGGUUAUUACCUGCAACGUACUUAUUAUUUCGACGUACACCCUCCAUUAGCUAAACUCAUGAUUGCAGGUGCUGGUUACCUCUUAGGCUACGACGGUUAUUAUGAUUUUGCUAAAAUUGGAGACAAAUACAUCGAUCAUCAGGUGCCUUAUAUUGGCUUACGUGCCUUACCAGCCUCUCUAAACGUCCUUAGCACCGCUGUCAUCUACGGUAUCAUGAAAGAAUCUGGUUACUCUUUGCCUAUCUGUGUGCUCAGUGCGGCCAUGUAUAUUUUUGACAACGCUAUGGUCACACAAAACCGUUUGAUCUUAUUAGAUAGUAUGCUAGUGUUUUUUAUGCUAGUGACAAUUUACUGCUAUAUCCGCUUCAGAAAGUUAAGACAUCAAUCAUUCUCAGUAAGUUGGUGGGUAUGGUUAAUCGCUACAGGCAUUUUUAUGGCUUGCACUGUCAGUGUUAAAAUGGUAGGCCUUUUCUUGGUUGGAAUGAUUGGUCUUUCAGUUGUUUAUGAUCUAUGGAUGCUUUUAGAUAUAAAGCAUGGUCUUUCUAUGAACCAAUUCAUGAAGCACUUCUACGCUCGAGCUAUUGGUUUAAUUGCCGUUCCUACUGUUGUGUAUCUUUUUUGGUUCUAUGUCCAUUUCGCAAUCCUUAACAAAUCUGGCCCUGGUGACUCAUUUAUGACGAAUCGCUUUCAAGAUACGUUGAAAAACAAUCCCUUAAAGAUGAAUGCUUUAGAGGUUUACUACGGUGAUGAGAUCACAAUCAAGCAUAAAGAUACGCAAGCCUUCCUUCAUUCUCACGAUCUCCAUUAUCCGCUUCGUUAUGAAGAUGGACGCAUCAGUAGUAAAGGUCAGCAAGUUACCGCUGUCAAAGAAGUCGAUGAGAACUGUUACUGGCGUAUCAAACCUGCCAUUCCUAUUGAUGACGAUGACGAAGAAUACGACGAAAAUGAGCCCCGUCGUGUAAAAAAUGGCGACAUCAUCCAAUUAGAGCACGUUGUCACUGGUACCAAUCUUCUUACUCACGAUGUUGCGUCACCUUAUAUGCCUACUAAUGAAGAGGUUACUACCGUCCCUCUCGAUACCCGGUAUUCUGAAACUCUCUUCAAGAUUAUUUUUGAAAAUAAGAAUCAGGACUUUUUGGAAACACAUAUGACAGACUUCCGACUGAUCCAUGAAGAUACCCGAGUAGCCAUCUGGACUCACAAUAAGAAGCUACCUGAAUGGGGUUUGCGACACUUAGAGGUCAAUGGUAAUAAAAAUGCUGUGGACAAGACCAACUAUUGGAGUGCCAUGGAAAUCAAGGGGAAGAAUGCUACGGAGCUCAAUGCUGAAAAGAAUGCAAAGAAAUUAGGUCAUAUGCCGUUUAUCUCUAAAUUCAUUGAGUUGCAAAGCCGCAUGAUCUCUCACAAUGCAGGUCUCACGAAAUCUCAUCCUUAUCAAUCUACGCCUAUUACUUGGCCCUUCAUGAUCCGUGGUGUAUCUUAUUGGUCCAACGAAGAUACUCGUUCUCAAAUCUAUUUGACAGGUAAUUUGUUCGGUUGGUACUUGUCUGUUGGCGGUAUUGCCGUGUUCGCAGGUAUAAUGUUAGCAGAUGUCCUCGCUCGUCGUCGUGGCAUUGAGCCUAUCGAAGAACCUGUGCGCCACCGUGUGCUACAAAGUGCUGGUUUUUUCUUCCUUGGUUGGGCUUUGCAUUAUUUCCCCUUCUUCAACAUGGGACGUUCUCUCUUUCUACAUCAUUAUUUACCAGCUGCUACCAUCAAUUACUUAUUAUUAGGUGCAAUGUACCAAUUUAUAUUUAUAGACGGCAUCGAUUCCCCCGUCUCUUUUCUGAGUCGCCAGAGUAAAUUGACAAGACAGACCAGUAUGAAGGCUGAGAUGUCAUGGAAAGUGUACGCAGCUGUUGCAAUCACAGUUGGCUUACAAAUUGCUAUGUUUGUCUACUUGGCUCCUUUGACGUAUGGUUUCCCUAUGACCAUCGAAGAAGUACGAAAUCAUCAAUUAUUAAGCGGCUGGAAACUUCAACAUGCCAAAUAA